AUGGCAGGUUCAUCUGAGCAUAUCUCUUUUGUUGAUCAAUCAGCCUCUUUAAUCAUUCUCAGUGUGAAACACGGUCAAAAUGUGAUUAUUGAUCUUGACUCCUCACGCUACGAUAAAGUUCUCAUACCCAUAAUCGAAUGCCUUAAGGUUGCAUCUUACAAAACCUCGAUCACCAAGUCCCACUUCAGUAGACUUUUAGGGUUUUCUUCAUCUGAAGCUCUCGUGGAUCCAAAAUCAGUUUCCCACACUACCGUAAUCGAGAAGUUUUAUCAAAUGGGAUACACAGGGUCCGAUAGUGUGAGUAAACUAUUCUACACUAUUUUUAUGGUUGGUUUCAUGGAGUACAUCUUGACUAUGGAAUCGCUUUGUGGAUUCAACUUAUCCAAAGCACAAUGUCCACCACUCGCCACACAGAGAUAUUGUGUGCUUGGUUUUGGUCAACUGUGGUCAAACAUGCACUUGGCCAUUUCAAGGUUCCACUGGUGA